CAAUGACAGAGGAAGAGAAAAACCCACUGGUUAUCCACGCGUGAUGCCCACCCCCUGCGUUUACAGAACGCCAGCAUUAUCCAUCUGUGAUUUCAUACAGACGCUCAGCACAUGUAGCCUAUCGUUGGGCUGAUAUAGGUGGGCUGACUCGAGAUCCGCAGGACUAUCUGGAUAGCAACUUUACUGGACCGAGUCCAUGCGUAUUUUAUCGGGGAAUAUUUCUGCACGUCGUCAGUGAAUGAAGCAUGUGAUGGUGACGGAGCAGUAUGGAGUGCUCGUGGAAGACUCUUCUGCUGCUCGUGUGCACGUCUUUGGGGGUGCAGUACACUGCCAUCCGCUCCCUCCACGACUCCUUCAGUGGCCCAUGCCAAGACUCCGCCCACUGCCAAGGACGCCAGGGUAAAGAGCAGAGAUGGAAAUCUCUCUGCGAUGACAGCCACGUCCCUGAUGAGACUAGUGCUGCCACCGCUCGAAAGCACAUCCUUCUGUUUGCGCAAACCCGCAGUGGCUCCUCAUUUACGGGACAACUUUUCAAUCAACAUCCUGGCAUAUUUUAUGUUUUUGAGCCCCUUUUUCACGUGCAACAGGCCUUCACCAAUUCUACUAGCCGUCUGCAAAGGGCUUUGGAUGGCAGAGCUCUUCUUGGAGCCUACCGAGACCUCCUACUCAAUCUUUACAACUGUGACUUCAGCUUCCUGGAGAGCUACAUUCGCCCCGAACCACAGGAUCACAUGACCGGGGCCUUUUUCCGCCGCAGCUCCAGUCACGCUCUGUGCACGCCGCCUGUCUGCCAGGAAGGUGUCGAGGAGAUUCUAGCAGGCCAGCCGGAUGAAGUCUGGUGCCCAAAAAAGUGCCAGGCCUUGAACCUCACACUAGCCUCUCAGGCUUGCCAAGCACGAACCCACAUGGCCAUAAAAACGGUGCGUAUCCCAGAGAUAGGCGACCUACGUACGCUUUCAGAAGACCCCCGUUUAGAUUUGCGAAUCGUCCAUUUGGUGAGAGACCCCCGAGCCAUUCUUGCCUCCCGCAUGACUGCUUUUGCCGGUAAAUUCAGGGCCUGGAAGAUCUGGAAUGCCACCGGCCGCCAACCACGGUAUGUGGACCUGACGCAGAUAACAAGAACGUGCAGAGAUAUCGAGUAUUCUGUGGAGACCAGCCUGCAGAAACCCACAUGGCUGAGGGGUAGGUAUCUGUUGGUGCGCUAUGAAGACUUGGCCUUGAAUCCUGAAGAAAAGGCCAAGGAGAUAUACAGAUUUCUGGGGCUGGACCUGCAUCAAAGAGUCCUCAAAUGGAUUGCUCAUAACACCAAUGGCACUGUCCCAUCUUCUUCAGAGUGGAACUAUAAGUACUCCACCACAAGAGACUCAAAAGCUACAGCUCAGAGCUGGAGAGUACAUCUGAACUUUGACAUUGUUAAGACAGUUCAAUCUCUUUGUAACAGAACUCUAUCUCUACUUGGCUAUAAGCUUGUUCAGUCUGUAGAUGAACUGAGGAAUAUAACAAAAAGUUUAAUGGAGCCCAGGACAUAGUAAAGGGUAUUUUAAAGCAAACUACUAAUUCAUUUUGCAACACACUUUUAUCCAAAGUGACUUAUAUUACAUUCAGUGGAUACAUUGAAUCAAACAGGACUCGUAAGUCCCAACAAAGUACAUUUGGUUAUGGAAUUUUUUUAUAUUUUUCAGUUUGUUUUGGCAACUUGCAUACCAGUUGUCAGUGCCAUGUACUGUAAAUGCAACAUUAUAGAUCUUACUUUGGUGACAAGCUAGCUCAUUAAUAAUAAUUAGGUCAUGAUUAUGAUGCUUGGUACCUUUCCUUAAAGGUACCAAAAAAUUUGUUAUCAUUCCCUUACUUAUUACUUUUCGCUGUCUCAGUGAUUUUUGCCCAUACAAUUGAAGUCAAAGGUAACCAAAAUGUUUUGGUAACCAACAUUCUUAAAAAAAUAUUCUUCUGUGUUCUGCAGAAGAAAGUAAGUCUGGUUUGGAACAAGAUAUUGGUGAAAAAAAAAUCAUGAUAGAAUUUUCAUUUUUUGAAUGAACAAUCCCUUUUAAAGUUCUUAAUAUUCAUGAGCCAGGCCUUUAGAAAAGUAUGAUGCUAAAUAAGCACCCAGGCCCACCAUUUUCAGCCUGUAAAUGUGCAUUAAUGUGACCAAAGAACUAUUGACAAAAAGCACAGCAGACUUGCCAGUGAUGAACAUGCCAAAGCUGGUCAAAUGAUCAAAUAAAUAGCAUGUAUCGUCUGGCGAGCCCUUGGCCUUAAGUAUGAAUGUUGAUCAGCAAAUAUGUCCUUACAACCCCAUAAACAUUCAAACAGAGAUCUAAAAUGACUGAAAUGUCCUUCCAUGUUCUUCUUAAAAGCAAAGUCCCUAAUGAAAUCAAGUCGGCACAGAAGGUUGUGUUCAGUUUAAAUCACUGGCAGACAGUUCAAUGUGUUCCAUCCACUGAAGUCCUCUAAUUUUUUUAUUUAUUUUGCAAGCCACAACUUCAAACAUUAUCUCCCUCUGAUGGCUUUGUGAGUCAGAGUCAGUGAUUAUUUCUAAGAGUAGUGUCAACAUUGGGAAAAGCACUUUGGAGCUAUGCAGCCACUUUGCAAUUUGUGGAUAACAGAUAUGAAACUAUACAAAUCAAAAUCCUCAUUUAAUUAAUAUGCUAUCUCUUGUUCACAGAGCCCCCUUGAGGUUGAGCCUUUGGCUGCAGCCCGUGUGAUCCCUUGGGUUAAUGUGGCCCUACUAAUUAUCACAUUUUGGAAGUCUGAGCUCAAAUACCUGCUAAUGUAAUUUCAUUGCAUAUGUUGCAUUGAAAUGCAGAGAUUAUGGAGCUUGGGAAUAUUAAAUUGUGCCAGUGUUUAGCCUUUAAAAACAUCUUGGAUUUCAGGAUGUCUUUGUAAAUUUUGUUGUUGUUCAUGUCAUUCUGCUAGUUCAUUUAAGCAGUUUAUUACUUCUAUGUGAAACAUGCCCUUAAACGCCAACACUUUUACAUAUUGGAAAUACGCUGUGUAAACAACAGUUCCUCAUCUCAGGUAUAUGAUGCUUAAAUGCAAUGUGCACUGCCAAUUAAUAAAUAUGCAGAGAAAAGAGGAAAGCUAUAUGGUGGACUAAAUUAUUCCUUUUCAUAUUGUUUCAUUCCUUUAGAAUUGAUGGUUCACAAUGAUAUAAUAUGUUUGUUUCAUUCAGUUAUUUAUUUAUGGAAAAUUAUUUAUUUAUGGAAAAAGGUGCAGAAUUAUGUGGGACACUGUGCAACUAUAAUUUAGCAGUAUUAAUGAUAGUUUCUGAGUGUUUAUUUGUAUGUAAGCUUUCUAUGUAAUACACAUGAACACAUUGUUUGACCUGUGUUAUUAAUAUUUAAGCAGGACUGGUGGCAAAUGGAAAUGAAUCUGAAGCACUAGUUUUGAUGUAGGCCUAUGUGUUUGUUGUUGCUGUGUGGUAUUCUCUAUGGCUUGCUAUUCUCAUAAUUUUUCCACUUUCUUUUAAAACUUGUCAUGUGGUGUUCUGCUGAGGCUGAAGCAUUUGGUGAAGUGCUGAUCAUCUUCUCAAUGUCAGCAGUCCAGCUUUAGCUUGAAAAUCGAAAAAGUGAUUACCAAGGUACAUGGCCAUAUUUCAGAUUCCUUUUUUGUCAGUUCUUUUUGUUUUCAAAGGCAAGGAUGCCUGACAUUAACAUAUUUAAUGGAUGAUAACCAUUGGGUUGAUGAAUAGGAUACAGAAUAGCUAUAGGCUAUUUCCAUAGCACAUACAAAAUCAUCAGAAAUAUAUCAUUCAUUUUGCAAAGAUAUAUGGUGAAAGCAGCGCCAUUUAAUAUAAUUCUGAGAAUACUGCGAAUAUAGAGGAUUUUGCGCAAGUUAAAAUUAAUGAAUCGUUCAUUUACAUGCAACGGUUCAAAUGAACCGAUUCAUUCAUAUGAAUCAGACUUCCUAGCGCUAAAUAUGACUGAAAACGGAGCACAAGUACAGCCCAAGUGGGUUUAUUUUUUUCUCUAAACUCAGCUCGCUCGUUUCUAAAGCUUUAGGUUCGAUACAACGCGAAUAAACAGCAAUGUGGCGAUUGUUUUGAAUGCAGCAAAAUCAGCCUCAUGGUACUGAAUGCAGCUAAUUAGCUAUUACUCGCUAUUUUUAGUUGGUUACUCCCCAGUGGUAUAGUCUACUUAAAAAAAAAGUGGCAGGGAAAAAAUAUUAGAUUUUCUCGUUUCUAGUGCAGUGUUAUUGCCCAGUGUUAUUACUUCCAGUUUUGGAUAAAGAAAAAACAAGUCUGGCUCAUGUCUCAAAAGAGGCAUUAUGAGUAAAUGGUUGCAAAAACACCUUACCCCACGGAUACUGCGAGAUGAAUCAUAUCUUCUAAAUAAAGCCCAAGGGUAACACUUUAGAAUACUGUUUCUCACUUACUGCAUAACUAAUAAGGAAUUAUUGAAGAACUAACAGGUGAUUAUUCAUUAAGACUUAACUGACUACUGUUAACUACUAAGGAAGACGUGUUAACUAAUCAGUAUGUAAUAUAAUUUUAUGAUUGUGUUAAGUAACAGUUAGCUAAUCAAUAACUAAUGUAUUCUGUCAUACCUCCUGAAG